CCUGCGGGGCGGGGGACGAUGUUCUACACGGAAGUGCCUCAGGCCUGCAUUGCUAGAAUGAAGCACAUCAACUUGUCGUUUGCAGCCUGUGGGUUUCUGGGCAUUUACCACUUGGGGGCAGCAUCCGCACUUUGCAAACACGGCAGAAAGCUCCUGAAGCAUGUCAAGGCCUUUGCCGGGGCUUCUGCGGGAUCCUUGGUUGCUUCUGUCCUGCUAACAGCGCCACAAAAAAUAGAGGCAUGUAACGAGUUUACCUACAGUUUCGCCGAAGAAGUCCGAAGGCAGACUUUCGGGGCAGUGACACCCGGCUAUGAUUUCAUGGCCCGAUUGAGGAGCGGAAUGGAGGCGAUUCUCCCCGCCAACGCGCACGAGCUGGCUCACAACCGCCUGCACGUCUCCAUCACCAACACCAAGACCGGAGAAAACUGCUUGGUCUCCAGUUUUCCGCGCCGGGAGGACCUCGUUAAGGUCCUGUUAGCCAGCAGCUUUGUGCCUAUUUAUGCAGGACUAAACCCAGUGGAAUACAAAGGACAGAAAUGGGUAGAUGGAGGCUUUACCAACAGCCUGCCCCUCCUGCCUGUAGGCCAGACAGUGACCAUCUCACCAUUCAGCGGGCGAAUGGACAUCUCCCCGCAGGACAGAGGGCAGCUGGAUUUCUAUGUGACCAUCGCCAAGCAGGACAUACUGGGUUCCUGUAAAAUUAACUACUCACAGAAAAUUAUGAACAGAAUUGGAAAGCAGUGCCAUGCCCAAGAAGAUAAUAAAUCCAGUUUCUCUGCGGCUUCUAAACAGAGGAUGGUGAACCGCAGGAGAUAAGACUAGGGCAUGUCCUGGAAAUAAACUUGUGCCGGCCUGGCCGGCCUGAGGAGUGUGUGAUGACUCCCUGAACAGUGGAAAGACAUUGAUGAUUCGUGAGUGUGGAAGGAGGAAGGCAUCUCAGUUAUAUUUCAGGAAGGUGAGUCUGAAAUCACCGACUGGGAACAAAACAAGACUUAAGGAAACAGUUGUAGAGAUGAUUAUAAUUCCGUGAGAGGAUUGGAGGGUCUGAAUUAAAGUAAUGGUGGAGAACAGAUAUCGUUGAAUGUCCUUCUGAAGGCUUCUUAGGAGCAUUCAAGAGCUGUAAUGACCCUAUAGACCCACCCACAGAGGGAUGGAUAAAGAAGAUGUGCUAUUAUAUAUGCACAGUGGAAUACUACCCAGCCCUGAAAAAGAAUGAAAUCAUGCCAUGUCCAGGAACACGGAUUGACCUUGAGAUUAUCAUACUAAGUGAAGUAAGCCAGACAGACAAAGACAAGUAUCUCAUGAUAUCACUUACAUGUGGAAUCUAAGAAAAAUUAUACAAAUGAACAUUUUUACAAAACAGAAACAGA